CGGGAAGGCGCUACCCGAGAUGACGCUCAGUAUCGCUGCAGAUGUCACGGCAUGUGCUCUGGAAGUCCUCUGAUGCACAUGAGUCGACAUCAUCUUCCGCGAAAGUUACGCGUGCUCGCAAGAUGAACUGCUCUUAAAUAUCGUCCCCGAGAUACUCGGCACGGCUCAGGAUUGCAACGGCGGAAACAAGGUUUGGAGGCAAGGGCUACCCCUCGAUCAGGACCCCGUGAACCGACAGAUGUAUGACAUCGAUGGACAAGUAAAGCAGCCUUAUAUCAGAGCAUAGACGUCUUCUUUGUCCAUCAAUAAGACAUACAUUCGACAAAACAAGUAAAAGUCUUAGGAGCCCCUCUACCAUGGCUACUCACAAUGACAGCCCAAACUUCUAUGAUUGCCUGAUCAUUGGAGCGGGAAUCUCUGGCAUCAACGUUGCGUACAGAUUACAGGAGCAAUCACCUAAUCAGUCAUACGCGAUAUUGGAGGCUCGCGAUUCUCUAGGCGGCACAUGGGACCUGUUUCGCUAUCCUGGAAUUCGAAGCGAUUCUGAUAUGUACACCUUUGGCUUUGAGUUCUAUCCAUGGAAGGAAUAUCGCACAAUGGCAGAUGGAGCCUCGAUCAAACAGUAUUUGAAGGAUGCCGCAAGCACUUUCGGAAUAGAUGAACAUAUUCGUUAUCGCCAUAAGCUUCUCGCUGCAAAUUGGUCUUCGGAUCAACAAAACUGGAGUCUCAACGUCGACACACCUAAUGGCAAGAAGAACAUUCGCUCUCGCUUCAUUGUCUUUUGCACGGGAUACUACGACUUCAAUGAAGCCAUGCCUGCUACUAUUCCGGGCAUUGAGAAGUUUCAAGGAAAAGUCGUCCAUCCACAAUUUUGGCCUGAAGACCUGGACUAUAAGAACAAAGAGGUUGUCAUCGUCGGCAGCGGGGCUACUGCUGUAACUUUACUUCCCAACAUCGCAAAGGAGACCAACAAAGUCAUCAUGUUACAACGCAGUCCUACCUACAUUGCUGCAGUUCCACAGCGAGACAAUCUCUCGUACUGGCCAGCAAAGUUCCUUCCUCUCAGCUGGACAUACAAGCUUAGGCGCAUACAAUUCUUAAUCCUGCCGUUCCUCUUCUUCAAAUUUUGCAAGGCCUUCCCUGAUCGCGCCAGAAAACUGCUGAAGAAGGGAGCAGCGUCUCAACUGCCAGAGGGCUACCCCCUGGAGCCUAAUUUCGACCCAAGCUAUGGACCAUGGGACCAACGUCUUUGUGCGUCUCCAGAUGGAGACUUCUACAAGGCUAUCAAGGACGGACAAGCCGAAGUCGUUACGGCUCACAUCAAGCAGGUCACAGAAAAGAGUAUUCACCUCGAAGGCUCUGACCGUGUCUUGACUCCCGACAUCAUCGUCACCGCAACAGGACUGAAACUCAUUAUGGCUGGAGGCACCAAGUUGUCUGUGGACAAUGAGCCUACGGAGGUAUCGCAAAAGCAUCUGUGGAAGGGUGCGAUGAUCGAAGACGUCCCCAAUGCUGCUGUAGUCCUGGGAUACACCAACGCAUCCUGGACACUAGGCUCAGACGCAACGGCACAAUUCGUAACUCGUCUCUUGAACCACAUGGACAAGAACGGCUUAUCACAAGCAGUGCCGAAAGUGGAUCCUAAGUCUGGCAUGCAAGAUCAAUCGGUUCUGAAUCUCAAAUCCACCUAUAUCGUCAAGGCAGAAGGCAGCCUUCCCAAAGCUGGAAACAAGGCUCCGUGGCUCCCGCGAUCGCAUUACCUCAGAGAUUUGUGGGAGAUGAAGUUUGGCAGCAUCACGCACGACAUGCAAUUUUCGAGAAUCUCUACGUAGAGUUUAGAUAUAUCCAUGAGAAUGAUGUCCUUUCCUGCUUUUUAGUAUUAAAUAUGUAUAAUGAAGGAGAAUAGAUGACUCAAUACGACCAAUCACAG